AUGUUUACAGGACGAGCUAGGCUCAGCUUACCAGCAGCUUCCAGUCGACCUCGAUCGAGACUCCCACUAACAUCCUCCGGCCCCCUCAAGACUUUUCGACCUUACUCCUCCUCCUCAUCCGAUCGUGAUCUCCUGGCUGGACCUGUUAACUUCGCAUUGAGUGCUGACCAACAAGCUUAUCAAGAUCUGGCGAGGAGGUUUACCGUCGAUCAUGUGAUUCCAGUGGCCGCUGAAUAUGACCGAACCAUGGAAUAUCCAUGGCCAGUCUUGAAAGAGGCAUGGAAAGCCGGCCUAUUGAACACCCACGUACCGGAAGAAUAUGGAGGGAUUGGGAUCGGCUUACUAGAGUCAGCGCUGAUCUCGGAAGAGAUAGCAUACGGAUGCACGGGGAUCCAGACGGCAUUCGAAGCGAGUGGGCUAGCGCAGGCGCCACUGAUUGUCGCAGGGAGCGACGAGCUGAAGCGGAAGUAUCUGAGCAUGUUGAUCGAAGAGCCUCUAGUGGCGGCCUAUUGCGUCACCGAACCAGGCGCCGGCAGCGAUGUGGCCGGGAUCAAAACGCAGGCCGUCAAGACCGGGAACGAUUUCGUUCUCAAUGGGUCCAAGAUGUGGAUCACCAAUGGCGGCAAAGCUUCCUGGUACUUCGUCCUCGCUAAAACCGACCCCGAAGCUCCCGUACAUAAGUCCAUGUCCGGGUUCAUUGUCGAUGCUAAUUCGCCAGGGGUUCUUGUCGGAAAGAAGGAGAUUAACAUGGGCCAAAGGUGUUCGGAUACUCGUCAAAUAACCUUCGAAGAUGUGGUUGUGCCCUCUUCGAACCUCGUCGGUGCGAUGGGCGAGGGCUUCAAAGUCGCCAUGGCCGCCUUCGACAUCACGCGACCUUUGGUAGCCAGUGGGGCUGUUGGAUUAGCUCAACGUGCUCUGUCUGAAGCCGUCAAAUACGCUCAGACUCGGAAAACGAUGGGCAAACCGAUCAUCGAGCAUCAAUCGGUCAGCCAUAUGUUGGCUGAAAUGACCAUAGGGGUCGAAGCGGCUCGAGCGAUGGUAUGGAAAUCCACAUUCAUCAAGGACACAGGUCAUCGUAACACCUAUUAUGCCUCGAUUGCCAAAUGCUUAUCGUCAGAAGUAGCCGUCCGCAAUGCAGGAAUGGCCGUCCAAAUCUUUGGUGGAGCUGGCUUUAAUACCGAAUAUCCGGUAGAGAAGCUGUACAGAGAUAGUAAGAUCUUUACUUUGUAUGAAGGAACCUCUCAAAUCCAACGAUUGAUUAUCUCGAAAUUUUUGCCGACUAUGUACCCAGUUUGA